AUGAUACUGAAAAACUUGGCGAAUCGCGUUGCUAUUGUGACUGGAGCCAGGUCAUGUAUUGGAGCGGCCACGGCCCGCCAAAUGGUUAAUUUGGGCAUGAAGGUGGUUGGAGUUUCCCGUAAAUUGGUUGGAACUCCCCAGUGGGAUGAAGAGGACCACACGGGCAAGAUGGUCUUUGUGUAUGGUGACGUGACCCAACUACGCGACAUCAGUAGGAUUCUCAACUGGACAAGGAAAGAGUUUGGCCGCACUGAUGUGCUCGUGAAUGCCGCUGGAUUGUUCCACAACUCGAGCAAUCCUGCAACGUUGAAGAAGAUGUAUGAAACCAACAUCAUUGGCACACUCCUGUUUUCCAGAGCGGCCGUUUGGGAAAUGAUGGCCAAUGGUACUACAAAUGGCCACAUCAUUACCAUUUCCAGCUUGGUCGGGAAGCAAGAUAUGAGAGCAUUCUCAGGAGCGUAUCUUGCAACUCACGAUGCUGUGAGACGACUGACUGCCGUUCUAGAGGCCGAAGUUAAGGAAUCGUUUCUACCAAUUCAAGUCAACAACAUUAGAACCUCUCAUAGGUUAGUGAGUACCAAGCCAGAAGAUUAUAUCCCAAUACACGACAUUGCCCCAGAGGACAUCGCUAGAGCAAUUUGCCAUGCUGUCUCCAUAGACCAUCCAUCAUCGCAUAUGACAUAUUUGUAA